AUGCUGCCCCAGCCUAUCCAGCCCAGCAACUCUCCUCCUCUGUGCCCUCAUGACCUGCUGGCUCUGCUGAACAAGCAUGGGCCAUCCACGGCGGGGAUCUUCCAUCGGGCAGCCAGAGAGCGCCCCUCCCGGGUGAUCAGGGAGUCCCUCAACAGCGGUGUGGAGGUCCAGCUUGAAAACCACCCUGUGCUGCUGCUGGCUGUGCUCUUGAAGGACCUCCUGCGGAAGAUCCCCUCCAAGCUCCUCGAUGACCACCUGUACAAGGAGUGGAUGAGCGCCCUGCAGAAGACCAGCAGGCAGGAGAGGCUGGCAGCACUGAAAGAGGUGGCCAGCAAGUUACCUGAGGCCAACCUCCUCCUGCUCUGGCACUUGCUCUCCCUGCUCAGUAACAUCAGCAGGGACAUGGCCAUGAGCAAGGUGACAUCCGGGAACCUGGCCAUCUCUUUGUCACCAGACCUCCUCAGCCCCUCCCCAGGAGCUGCCCCUGGACAUCCUGGCACAGGAGAUGGGGAAGGUACGCUGUGUUCACUGCCCAGCUACAGCCUCCCCAGCCCACCCCAGCUUUGCUGCUCAGAGGGCCCUGGCUGCCUCCUCUCAUCAGCAAAGCCGUGGGGCAGCAACCAGGAAGAGCAGCCCCACGGCUGCACCUUCCUGCACAGAAGUGCAGGUCGGGCUGGGAAAGGCUGUUUGAGCCCUUAUCAGCCCCCUCGGUGA